GUCUCGAAAUCGAUCUAUCGAAAGAGGCUGAGAGGGGACGACGACCGGUGGACUCUGCAGCACCGCCGCUCCUCGGGAACAAUCGGAAUUUUACAACGACUUGAGUGAAAUCCAAAACAUCACCCGCGUACAGACAAAACCUAUAUCGGAUUGGAUUUAGAGUGUGGGGAGAAGAGCAAAGUUCUUCCGAAAAUGGAGUGACGACGCCGUCGUUUGAUUCUUGUAGAUCCGCCACACACAGGUUUGCACGUUUAUAUAUUAUUAGCCCUGAUGGAAGCAGACAACGGAGGGAACAAUUCGAGUCAUGCUUCCAAACAACGUUUGCGUUGGACCCAUGAGCUACACGAACGCUUCGUUGAUUCCGUUGCUCAACUUGGUGGCCCUGAUAGAGCCACACCUAAAGGCGUUCUUAGAGUGAUGGGUGUUCAAGGGUUAACUAUUUAUCAUGUCAAGAGUCACUUACAGAAAUAUCGACUUGCAAAGUAUCUGCCAGAUUCGUCCUCUGAAGGGAAGAAAACUGAUAAGAAAGAAUCUGGGGAUGUGCUCUCUGGGUUGGACGGUUCAUCUGGAAUGCAGAUAACUGAAGCCCUUAAGCUGCAGAUGGAAGUUCAGAAACGAUUGCACGAGCAACUAGAGGUGCAAAGACAGCUCCAACUACGGAUAGAAGCACAAGGGAAGUACUUGAAGAAGAUAAUUGAAGAGCAACAACGACUCAGUGGAGCUCUUGGCGAGCCCUCCUCAGGCCCAGUAACAGGUGAAUCAGAUCCUGCCACACCUGCCCCAACAUCUGAGUCUCCCCUACAAGAUAAAUCUGGCAAGGAGUGUGGACCAGACAAAAGCCUUUCAGUUGACGAAUCUCUUUCAUCUUACCGGGAGCCAUUGACACCAGACUCAGGGUGUAACCUUGGGUCUCAAGACGAGAGCGCAGGAGAAGAGAGAUCAUCAAAGAGGCCUAGAUUGGUGAGAGGAGGUGCAGCUGGUUAUACACAGGAGAUGGUAGUGGCGCACCCAAUACUAGAAUCAGGCUUGAACGCUUCUUACCAUCAGUCAGACCAUGCUCUCGGCUUUGACCGUCCCUCUACAUCACUGCUUGGGGCUGAAAAUGGAUUGGACAAGGUUUCAGGAGACGAUCUAUGAGUUGUGUGUAUCAGGUGGCAUCUGUAGUUGAGUGUAUCACAUGUAGUUUUGUUUGUCUAUGCUUAUUCCUAAUAGUUAGGAGUUUCCUCUUAGUGAGGUGAUCACAACUCUCUUAAUUAUAGACACUGCCACUAGCAUGAACAAUGAAUAUAUGUCGUUUUGUACUGUAAUUUGGUAAAAAUACAAAACAAAUGUACUUUCUUAUACCCAACACAGUGAAGAUUCUUGUGAAGCUA